AUGUCGAACAUAAAACGGCGCCGGAGCGCGCUAUUAAGUGGCAGCAGCGGUAGGCCAGACCCAGAGGAUCCAAGAGUCAAUAGUAAUGCCGAGGAACCGGCAAGAGCAACGGCAACCACAUCCAGCGAACAGAGGCCUGAAACACUGCUAGCGAUAGAGCCAACAGAAGCGCUUCCGCCCGACGUAACGGUAGGAGCUGCGGCAUUUUCUACAGCACGGCAGCCAGAACGGCCGCGAGCUAGAGCUCACAGACAGAUUCCCGUCAGAGAGCAGCCACACGGCUUGGCAAGGCACGACCGACAGCCUGCUGGCAAUCAUGAGCUGCUAUCUUCGACGAGCCGGAGUACCGCUAGCGCGAACCCGGAUGAUCGCUCUGGUCUGCAAGCCACCGGACGGCGCAUUAGAUAGGCGGUCGAACACUGCAGUAGUACCGGCGAGGACAUAAUUGAUUAGACUUGAGCAUCUAUUUCCACUUAAGGUUAAGAAGUAGUUUUGGUUCACUUUCUUGAACUUUAUAAAAUUGGACGCCGUAAGAACACUUUUUGCGUAAAGCAUUGAUCGUGAAAAACGAUGGACGAAGAUGAUGAGCCGCGACUUGUCUGUGAACGUGAAGUGAACUUUGAGCUUCUAUAUGCCACUCCUGCGGAAGAAGCACAGUGCACAAAGCAUCUGAAAAUGAAGUUGAGAACGAAUUCAUUCACUGUUUUGGAAUUGGGAGGGAUUGAUAUUGAAGCUAUUCCUGAUCCUGAUUCAUUCCUGAUUCCCGGCUAUUCCUGCCGGCAUUGGCACGAACUAGCGAAGAAAAUCUAGGCUCAUGAUGUUCUGGCUCUCCUCAACACAUUACGAACAGGACCCAAUAUUGUCACAUGCCACACACAAGUCAGGCUUCAGGCAGAGGUGUUGCGCUUGACGUCUCAAAGCUCUUCUGUUGACCCAGGCACAAAGCAGUCCCCCAUGGAAAAUUAGUUGUAGUGGUCAAUGGACGCGCC